UCGCGCACGACGUCAGCUCGCCUGUCCUUUUUUGCGAUAAAUGUAAACAAAUUCUUACAAAUGGAUGCCUUGUAGAGGGGAAACACAGAAAUCACUCAUACUCAAAACUACAAGAUGUUGUGCAGAAACGAAUUGAUGGACUGGAAUCCAAUUUGAAGCACCUGACAAACAAAGCCAAUAAAUCUGUAAAUAUACAACAAAUGGUCUCCAGGGCAAAGAAGCAGUGUGAGAACACAUAUAAGAAUGUUAAAGACGUCAUGACUGCCCAGUACAGCGAGCUCCACACACUGUUGGAUGAGAACCAACAGCAAGCUUUCCUGUUACUGAAGGCUGAGAGAGACUCUCUGAAAGAGGGUCUUAUCCAACUUGCUGAGGAUGCAGACAGUUAUCGUCAGAGAUUUGAGAGCAUUCGAAAGAACAUUGAAGAGCUAGAUAGAAGACAGGACAGCUACAAUCUGGUGGUUCUGUUGGCGGAAACCGAGGUGCAGUUGUUAAGCCUUGAGACUAUAAACCAUUUUUAUUCAAAUGUGGAGAGAAGGAUGAAGGUUGAUGGCAUGAGGAUGAGCACUCUGGAAAAGUCCAUCACAAAGAUUGUCCAGAAGAACAAAACGCUUCUGCCUCAACCAUGGGAAUUCUCAGAGGCCAUCACCUUUGAUCCGGAUAAAAAACACAAAGACCUGACAAUCUCGGAGGACAAAACCCAGGUUUCUCUUAGAGGCUCCUUCACCAAGCAAUCAAAGGAUUGCAGAGCAGCAUCAGCCAACAUCCUGGCAUCUGAGUCCUUCAGCACAGGAAAGCAUUACUGGGAGGUGGAUGUAGGUGGCUGCCAGAACUGGUCAGUUGGUGUCGCAGAAAAUGACUGGGUUAAAAAUGGAGUUGGACAUACCACUCUGGGCAGAGACGACAGAUCCUGGUUGCUGGAAUCAAAUGAAGGAAAUCUGACAGGAGUGCACCACAAUGACGUCAGCACCAUCUCUGAGGCCAGCGUACAGAGGCUGGGUGUGCUCGUGGACUGUGAUAUGGCUAAAGUGAAUUUCUAUGAUGCUCUCACAGGGAUGAAACUAUACACGCUGUCAAUGAACUUCCAGAGUGUGGUUUUCCCUGCCUUCAGCAUUAGGCACAUGGGGGAAAGAAAAAAUUCUAAACUGGUAAUUUGCAACCUUAAAAGUACGGGUGACUAUCUUGGGGUGAUGCUGACUCCAAGAAUUCAUCGGCAAUAAUGUGAGCUGACAUGCAGGACUCUGAUUCUGCCAGUUCUGAGGUGUCAGUUUCAGCUUCCCCUGACUCUGUGUGAGUUUCAUGUCUCCUGGUUCUGCUGAACGUUUUGUUUACAUAUGUGCUUGAUAAUAGAUCUGUGUUAUUUUUCUGUUCAACUG